AUGUCCGCCCAUGAACUCGAUGGUUUGAACUAUCCCCUCGAGGGGACACCGUGUCAGUUGGUAUUUGAGGUCAACAUGGACGGCACCGCUCACCCGCAUGCCUGGGCAAGACUCCCAAAGGUUGGAUUCUUCCAGAAUUGGGAUCAGGCAAAUUCCUUCGCGGUUCGCAUUGAGUGGGAAUAUCCUCAAGGUUCGGGUGAUUGGCGAUUCCGGUACGUGCAGACAUCAGACACUCGUGCAAUAGUCGACCCUAAGGUACCUGGUUCUUCGAAACGCUACGCCCAAGCUAUGACCUUCAUCCAUUGGCUCCUUCACGUCGAGACGAAAGUUCCUCACCCAUGGAUUAAACAAGUGAGGGGCUACGCAAGAGUCAUGCAGAUUCGUUACGACUACAUGACACAGUCUCUCAAUCUCGGUCCCCCCGAUCCAUCUCCUAGGAUGUUGCCAGCAGGGAAGCUAUCUAGUGCGGCUAUCAAAGCACAAAUGGUCAAGUUCGGUCUCGAUAAGAAGCAGGGAGAGGUAACGAGCAUUUCUCCUAAGCGCAGUAAUUGCGACUUCUGCUGGGUUACUUCACUCCACGAAGAGGUAGAUGGCUACUUGAGGGUUUGCAAGAAGGUUCCAGGCACCGAUGUUUGUACAAACUGUCAAAGGUGGGGUCUUCCUUACUGUUCUUGGACCGACAUUCCGCCUGGAACGAUGAAGACGGCGGGUCUCAAAUGGACCGCACAAUCGAUGGCGCGUAAGAUGGAAGUGGAGGCUGCACUUUGGGCGCUUCCCCCUUCCAGUGUCGGACCUAAGACUUAUAGGCUCGACCUUGUACAGCUUCAGUGCGAGGAAUCAAGCGAAGAUGAAGAGGGUGAGGAUGUUGGGGAAGGCAUGGAAGGGAGUGAGUGGAGCGAAGAUGAGUGA